AUGGAUUUCAAACAUUGUAAAAAUAUUACAAAAGUACCCGACUUAUCAGUGAUUGCCCCUAACAUACAGAAGUUGGAGCUUUAUAAAUGCAUAAAUUUAGUUGAGGUUCAUCAAUCCGUUGGAUUUCUUGAAAAGCUUGAAUACUGGGAUCUCCAUGGAUGCCAAAAUCUUAGAAUUUUACCAACAAAGCUCCAGUUGAAAUCUCUUAAAAGCCUUUAUCUCUUUAGCUAUGAAAGUCUUGAGCAAGGAAUGGAAAGAUUAGUGUUGCUUUCAUCAAUAGGAUAUCUCACUGGCCUUCGUGAGUUAUUAUUAAGUUUAAAAAACGUAAAAGAUGUUCCAAGUAACAUCUCAAAUUUACAAAAUCUUAGGAGGCUCUUUAUGUUUGAUUGUGAUGAAUUUCCAAAAGCCAUGGAUACCCCUGGUUGCUUCCCCAAUUUAGAAUGUCUAGAUAUCUUUUACAGCAACUUUACUACCCUCCCUGAAAUUGCUAUCAUAUUUCCCCAAUUAAAGAUUCUAAAGCUUUACUGUUGCUGGAACCUUCUAAAAAUUCCAAGACUUCCACAUGGUAUACAAGAUGUAUAUGCAGUAGGGUGUAAUUUGUUGAAUUCACAAUCAAGAAGAAGAUUAUUGAAUCAGUUUGGAGAAUUUAUAGGGCUUCAACAAAAUAUCGUAUGUGCAAGGGGAAUACGACAUCAGGAUUCUGAUUCUGAAACAAACUUUGAAUCAGAAUCAGAAUUUGAACUCAAUGAAGCUACAUCUGAAACGGACUCGACAUGGAAACUUUAUGAUGAUUAUUCACUUGCACUUCCAGGAAGUAAGAUUCCAAAGUCGUGGUUCAACCAUCACAGUGUUGGAAGUUCCAUAUCAUUCUCGGUCGGUUGGAAACUUCCAUCAUUUGCUUUCUGUGUUGCACUAAAAGUGGAAUUGAAGGAUGAUAUGGCUUGUGGAUUGUAA